GGGGCCGGGCUGAGUUGGCCGUGUAUAAAUAGUGUGCUCUCAAAUACACAGUCACAACAGCAGGAGUGAUCUCACCUCCUCUCCACCCCUUCUAUCUAUCGCUGCUGCCUGCCUGCCUCCCAAAAAGAAAAAAAAAAAGAAAAGAAAAUCCAGAGCGUAUCCGCGAGCAGAGCUGGUGUAUAGAGACACGGUAAGGUAUAUACUGACAAUUCACGGUGGAUUUCCCCUGACCAGGACCACUACUGAGCCACAGAGCAGACCAUGGAAGAACUUACGGCAUUCGUGUCGAAAUCUUUCGAUCAGAAAAGCAAGGAGAGCAGCAAAGAGAGUAUCACGUACAGGGAAGUUUUGGAGAGCGGCUUGACGAGGGCGAGGGAGCUGGGCAGCCCGGAGACAAACCUGCAGGACAUAACGGAGAGCAACCACUGCCCGGUGCAUCUGUUCAAGGACCACGUCGAGCUGGAAAAGGAGAAACUGAAGGACUUUAACGUUUCGAGGGCGACAGAGGGGAUAUACGAGUGUAAGGAGAAAAAGGAGGACGUGAAGUCCGAGGACGAGGACGCACAGGGUAAACUGAAGCAGCGGAGGAGUCGCACUAACUUCACCUUGGAGCAGCUCAACGAGCUGGAGCGGCUCUUCGACGAGACGCACUAUCCGGACGCGUUCAUGAGAGAAGAGCUGAGCCAGCGGCUGGGACUGUCCGAGGCCAGAGUGCAGGUUUGGUUUCAGAACAGAAGAGCAAAAUGUCGAAAACAAGAAAACCAGAUGCACAAAGGUGUUAUUCUGGGCAGCGGCAGCCACCUGGACGCAUGCAGAGUAGCACCCUAUGUCAACAUGGGUGCCCUCCGGAUGCCCUUCCAACAGGUCCAAGCACAGCUCCAGUUAGACGGGGUCACCCACUCCCACCCCCACCUGCACCCUCACCUGGCUGCUCAUUCCCUACCUGAUGUUCCCGCCCCCUCCCUUCGGACUACCAAUCGCAUCUCUCGCCGACUCGGCCUCCGCAGCAGCGGCGGUGGCGGCAGCUGCCAAAAGCAACAGCAAGAACUCGAGCAUCGCCGACCUGCGACUCAAGGCAGGACUUCUGCGGGGCCAGUGGCUCAGUCCACUCCAGGCACAGAUCACAUCCCAAGGACCAUACAAACACAUGUGGAUGUCUGUCUGAGGGCCGGCCGGGGCCCGUCAGACCAGAAGACGUUAGAACAAAGCAAACUGGCAGGCAGCAGCAGGGCCAAAAGCAGAGCCUCGCUGCCGCUGGCUGCCGCUGGCUGCCGCUGGCUGCCGCUGGCUGCCGCUGGCUGCCGCUGGCUGCCGCUGGCUGCCGCUGGCUGCCGCUGGCUGCCGCUGGCUGCCGCUGGCUGCCGCUGGCUGCCGCUGGCUGCCGCUGGCUGCCGCUGGCUGCCGCUGGCUGCCGCUGGCUGCCGCUGGCUGCCGCCAUGUUGACAAGGGUUGAGCUUUGGGGGAAACAGACCCACACACCACCUCACGAGGCAUUGGAACGGCUCUCAUCUUUUACCCCCCCUCUCCUGCCCCUCUGCCCUGCCGCCCCACACUAGAACAAAAAACAAAAAAGAAGAAAAACAUUUUUAAAAAAGGCCAUAUUUGUCUCCAACCACUGUGUUCCCUGCUGCUGCCAAGUGCAUGAGCUCUAAUGGAGGAGCGUUGUGGGACUGGUCUCCAUCCACACCUGACACAAACGCUCGUCACCUGGUUUUAACACUGCCGUUCAACACCCCCCUCCACAGUCAAAGGUCUGAUACUCCUUCCUCUUAUGGACUCGUGCUGUAACAAAAGCAACAAUUCCUUUCUUUUUUCUUUGCUGCAGAGGAAAGACGUUAUUCUGGCAUGUGUCGGCAUCACUCCUCACAGCGUGCUCUCUCUCUCUCUCUGUCUUUAUUUCUUUCUGUUUAUUGUGUUGUAUCUUGGGUAAAGAAGUGAAGAUAGCCUUUGCACUUCAGGUCGUGUACGUGGGUGUUUACAAAUGGCACUACAAGCAGAUACUACUUUACUAAUUAAAACAGGGGAGCGGGAUUUGAUAUCGUCAUGUGAUCAGCAAACAGGACACUAUCUUGGAUAAAGGGUAUAUGGGAUUUUUUAUUUCUUUUCUUCUUUUGUAAUUCUGAAAAUAUGAAGAAAGCAUCAGUCAAACUGAAAUGCAAUGGUGUGCAGUUUAAGUGCAAUACUGUAAAUAGCAAAAAAAAAAGUAAAAACAGCUAGCAGUUAAUCCUCAACGAUAAAGAGACCCAAUGACGUCUUUCUUUUUGUUGGAUUUUUUUCAUGCACUGUUGGAGUGUUGAAUUUCUUCGCCAAACACACCAGGUUUUCUUACGGCAGUGUAUAUUUUGUUGAGGAAAGUCACUUAGAACCAGGUGCCAUAUCUCACAUAACCUCCUAUGUAUCCAAACUGUUUUGUAUACAUCAGGCACAGCCGUCACUUGUUGAGGAAGACAUGAGCACAUUUUUCGGAUGCUGCAGAAAUUAGGGUAAAUAUAAAGUUAGUAACUACUAACAGCAGAAAAAUUCCUUUAAUGUUUGGAUUUUGGAAAAAUAUUCAAAUCAACAAAUGAGCGCUGUUACCCCGAGCCAGGCAGGUGUUUCUGAUUAGCUUCAUUUUGCAUGUUUUAUGUGACAUUUCAUCUUUGAUUUCCAAAUAAUCCAGACUGUAUUUUUUAAAAAAUUGUACCAAACAUUUGGAUGAAAUUGAAAGAUUAUUUUGAGAACCUUUUUAAAAACACUGCUGUCAGAGCUGCGCUAAAUAUGCCGAUGGGUUUCCGGUCUACGUACCUCUAACAGUCUCCAAACAGCAUUUUCCUCCAUUUAGAAAUGUUUAUCUAUGUCUCCAUUUUAAAUUAAACAUAUGGGUGUUUUAUUUAUUAUUUUGUCUGAAAGUUUAUGAAAGAUGAAAUAGUUGAACUACAAGUGUACAUUUUUACAUGGCUUUGCAUUUAUUUUUGUAUGUUUUUUUUUAAGUGUUCAAUUUGAAUUAGGAGGUGUGGCUGUAGUGCAUUGUUUGCCUAAAAAAAAAAAAUGUAGCGUGUCCGAGUUUACAGACAUUUCAGGGAUGGUUGAAUUAAACAAUACUCCAUGGAAUUUGUUGUACCCAUUAAAAUGAUUACCAUUUCAUAUGCAAGCAUGCCUAAACAUGAAUCAUCGUACGGUUUGUUUUUCCCCUUUUGAUUCACAAAAUAUGAAUGUACAUCUUGUACAAGUAAACUAUCAAUAAAGUUAUAAAUAUUUGUA